ACGACAGGCGAGCUGAGCAAGCCGUGACGCAGGGCGCAGACUCGCUUCUCCGGGCGGCGCAGGGGCUGCUGGGAGAUGUCGUCCAGGUUCUUUCCCCACCAUCGGCGAGUGCGCGGCCUGUACCCCUCUUCGCGACCCGGGCCUGGUUCCUCCGCCUUCCCCGGGAGCUCUCCCUACUUGCCCACGGCGGCUCGGUAGUUCCGACCCGAGAGACAGGUACCCCAGGGACAGGGGGGACACCCAGUGAAAUGCAUCCCUGACCUGAUUGGAUCAGAGAAACAAGAAGCAUGCAGAUCUCUCAGCCCCAUUGUGCAGGUGGAUGUCACAUUCACACUCAAGAUGGCAGCCAUUGACCUAUCCCCGAUAUAGGCUCUGCCUUCACAAGAUUCUGCCUGUUCCUACAUAAAUACUGACGGAGAAAGGACAAUGGCUGGAUUCCUAGCAACCUGGUUUCAGGGACCAGUGACCUUUAAAGAUGUAGCUGUGGAGUUCACCCAGGAGGAGUGGGUGAUGCUAGACUCCGCUCAGAGAAGUAUGUACAGAGAUGUGAUGUUGGAAAACUAUAUAAAUCUCUCCUCAGUGGAAUAUCAUUUAUGCAAGCCUGUGAUCUCCCUGUUGGGUCAAGAUUUAAGAACUGUGAAAAAAAUUCCCCAAGGCACCUUUCCAGACCAGGAGAUCCAACUGAAAACCAAAGAAUCAACUUCUAAGCAGAGUAUUUUGGGGGAAAAUUCAUCCAGUGCCACGAAAAUGAUAAGAUUCACAAAGAAUGAUCGGUCUUCUACAAUAAGAAAAGACUGGGAAUGCUGUAAGAUCAGAAAACACCCAGAGGGAAUUUUGAGUCACAUGACACUUACUCAAAAGAAGACAGCAUCUCAGAAGAGAUCCUGUGAUUAUCAUGAAUUAGAGGAAAACUCUAAACUUAGAUCAAAACUUGUUUUUUCAAAGACAGUUUCCAGCAGUAAAUAUUGCCAUAAGUGUUACUUAGAUAUCGAGUGUUUGAAACAUAAUUCAGUCCUAAACAAUUAUGAAAAUACCUCAGUCAGUGAGAGGGUCUGUGAAAGUCAUAAAUAUGAUUCAGCUCUGUGGCAUCUUGAAAGAACUGAAACAGCACAAAAUGAGUGCACAUGUUCCAAACUUAGUAUACACUUCAAACAUAAUAUGCUUCCAAUAUGCAACAGUUUUCCUAUGGUGGACAAUUGCUUUGAGUGUGAUAAAAUCAAAGCUUUUUGUCAACUUUCAUUCUUUAAGCAACAGAAGCAAACUCCUACUGGAGGGAAACAUGAAUGUAAUCAGUGUGGAAAAGCCUACAAAAGAGUUUCUAAUUUUAUUUUGCACAAGAUAAGUCACAUGGGUGAAAAGCAAUAUGAAUGUAAAGACUGUGGGAAAGUCUUCUGUGAUUCUUCAACCCUAAGGAGACAUGUGAGAACUCACACUGGUGAGAAACCUUAUGAAUGUAAUCAGUGUGGAAGAGCUUUCAGUCAAAACACAUCUCUUAAAGCUCAUGUGAGAAUUCACACUGGAGAGAAACCUUAUGAGUGUAAUCAUUGUGGAAAAUCCUUUGGCACAAGCUCUUACCUUGUAGUCCACAAGAGAAUACACAGUGGGGAGAAACGCUAUGAAUGCAGUGAUUGUGGGAAAGCCUUCAACACAAGCUCUCAGCUUAAAGUUCACAAGAAAAGACACACUGGAGAGAAUCUUCAUGAAUGCAAUGACUGUGGGAAAGUGUAUAGUGGUCUCUCAUCUCUUAGAAUGCAUCUGAGAACUCAUACUGGGGAGAAACCUUAUGAAUGUAAAGAAUGUAGGAAAACCUUCAGUGUUUCCUCUUCCCUUAGUAGACAUGUGAGAACUCACACUGGAGAAAAACCUUAUGAAUGUAUUCAAUGUGGAAAACUUUUCAGUCAGAAUUCUUCACUUGUUUUACAUAAGAGAGUUCAUACUAGGAGAGAAAGUUACAGGAAUCCUAUAACUUAAAAACGUAGAAUUGCCUUUUUCAUUGUCUUAAGGUGAAUUCCAAGCCUAUUAUUUCAGUCUUUGUUCUCUAAAAUAAGGAUUUAAGGCUAUAAACAUUCCUAUAAACACCACUUUAGGUAUGUAACACAUUUUAGUUUGUGAUAAUUUAUUUUAAUUUUGAGUGUUGUCUAAUAUUUAUUAUGACUUCUGAUCCUUGGCAGUUUAGAAUUAUGUAUUUUUAUGUUUUCAGUUAUCUUAUUGAUAUCUGAGUAAAUUGCACUGUGUUCAAAGUA